AUGAGCAUUGCCAUUCUUACACCUACUCUACAACUCUUCAAAGAGUCAAUUGCUGCACCUAAAGUACCAAGUGGCCCCGGUGUGAGCUCAGGUAAGAAGAUUGAAGCCGCCAAUCCUGUAAGAUCGGCUCUGCCAACUAAGGAGUCAUCUAAACUUGCUUCGUCCUCAGCCAUAGCGAAUAAACAAGCUAGCAUCAGUAGUGGAACUAAAGAACAAACUGGAGGUAACGUUAAUACUACUUUACCUCUCUCCACCACUCUCUCGGUCGUCAGUGGUCCUCCUACUGCUUCCUCCGGAAAGGAAGGUCAGAAACUGACGGUUGCGCCAGCCUCAACUUCGACGGAGGCAAAUACAGUUCGACCAAAUAAAGCCCAAGCUCAAAUCGAUAAAGAUAAGGAUCGUUCUCUUGACAAGCCCAUUGAAAAAGAUAAGAUGCUGCGCGAUUAUCAAGAAAAGGAUCGGGACAAGAAAGAUUCUGCCGCUAAGAAAACUGAAAUUUCUCCGAAAAAUAAAGAGGAAACUGACAAACCAAAAGAUCAUGAAACUAAAUGCCAGCCUCAAUUUACUCGAAUAGUUGUUAGUAAACUAACUCGCAACGUUACCAAGGUGAGCCUCUUGAUCAUAAGGCUAUACUUGAUUCUUAUUCUUCAUUUGACGGACAAAUCAUGGACGUUAAACAGUCAUCUUUUAAUGAUACCGAUGAGUAUAUUCUGA